AUGUCCACAGAACCAAAAUCCCCAGCAAAAAAGGACGCGGUUACCUCGCUCAAGUCUCCCGAUAGCAAGGGCAAAGGCAAGGCAAAGGUUCCCCUUGAGGACGUAUCUAUGGAGGAGGAAGAGGAAGACGAGGAGGAGGAAGACGACGACGAUAGUGACAAGGAGAUGGAGGAGGAGGAAGAGGAAGAUGAUCACGAGGAAAUUGACCCUAGCGCGAUUCUUCCCCGCCGCACCCGGGGUACACGCGUCGAUUACACAUCCGAGGAAGCCCUCAAAAAGGCCGGCCUCACAAAGGAUGACCACGAUGACGAUGAAGAAGAAGGCAUGGAACAAUAA